UGGAAGAAGUUGGACCGAACGGAAAGUGCUAUCUUCAUUUUGAAACUAAAAUUACAUACGCGCACACAUCAAAUCCACAAUCGUCUCUUUUUCUUGCACUUUUAUGCAACACCAACAACAUUUACAUACUUCUGACGCGAACUUUUAACCAAUCAUGGCCUUGGACAUGUCAGUCUACAUGGCUAUGGGCGAUGAGGAUAUCGCCCUCGCCUUUCGGUUAAUGCAGGAAGAUGCUGAGCAAUUCAUGUCUACUUCCACUAGGAAGGGAAAACAAGUCGAGGGAUCCGAGACAGACGCCCAAAUGGCCUUUAACCUUCUUCUUGAAGAACUGCAAGCUGCAGAGACCUGUCUUAGCGAUGAAAGAAUGACUAGAAGCAUGUUGAGAGCAAUCCAAUCUGACGGCGCCGUCCUUUCCCAGGCCUUUGAUGAAGAAAAUGUUGCUCAAGCUGACCAUGAAAUGUCACUCGCUUUAAGCAAUGGACAAGAUGAGGCCGUAGCCCAGCGAGCUACCCCUGAAGCCAUGAGCAGUGAUGAGGAAUUCCUUGAGAAGCUUUCGGUCAUUUACAAUACUGGUUUUGAUCACCCCACGAGUGGCAUUGUCGAUUACGAUGACGAUGAUGAUACGGCCACCAUCAGCCAGCCGGAGAGUUCCUCAUGGGCUGCUUCACGCCAACCUAGUAGACCACCAAGGACUUGCGACGCUUGUGGAGACCAAAAGCACUUCGCAGAGCUAGCUCGCGUUCCCUGCCGCCAUGAAUAUUGUCGCGAGUGUCUCACACGUCUCUUCCGAGAUGCCUCAAACGAUGAAUCCCUCUUUCCUCCGCGAUGCUGCAGACAAUCCAUCCCCUUAGUUAAGAAUCAGGUAUUUAUUGACAACGACGUAGUCCGGCACUUUCGCCAAAAGGCUCUCGAGUUUUCUACGCCUCGUCGAACAUACUGCCAUAACCAGAACUGCGCCCAAUUUAUUCCGGCAACUAAUUACCUAAAUGAUAUAGCGACAUGUGGCGAAUGCGGGUAUCGAACCUGCAUGACCUGCAAGGGUGCUACUCAUAACGGUGAUUGCCCAAAUGACGAACAGCUUCAACAAGUCUUUCAACUAGCUACCGAACAACACUGGCAACGUUGCCAAAACUGCUGGGCGAUGGUUGAGUUGAACACGGGAUGUAAUCACAUGACCUGUCGAUGCGGUUUCGGAUUUUGCUAUGUCUGUGGUAGUCGCUGGAAGACUUGCCGAUGCGAUCACUGGGAUGAGCAUCGUCUGUACGCACGUGCUGCUCAGAUUGAUGCCCGUGGCCAAGUUGAGGAUGCUCCGGACGAUGUGAUACCCCGUGGAAAUCUGAUACCUCUUCGACUGAAUCCAAAUGGUCAGAUACCCUUUCGGCACCCGGUUGCCAAUCAGCAGCAUCAGGCUUUGCAGCGGACAGCUCAGCAGUAUGCCUUGGAUCAAGAGCGUCGUCAACAGGCUCGGCAGGAGGUCUUGGAUGAAGAGCGUCGUCCACAGGACAUAAUACACGAAAUUGAAGAAGAGAGUGAAGAAGAGAGUGAAGGUGAAAUAGAAGAGGAGCCCGAGGUAGUGGCACAACCAGUGGUCCAGCAGCCACGAGAACAACCUCCGUUUCAAUUUCCAGUUCUUGACAUGUUUCAACGGACGCGAAUCCAGCAACUCAUGGAAGACCUCAGACAUAACCACGAGUGUCAACAUGACCGAUGGUUUUCUAAGAAAGGGCCUCGCGAAUGCGAGGAAUGUGGCGACGUCAUGCCUAUAUUCAUCUACGAAUGUCGACAGUGUCAUACUAUGGCUUGCCGCCGCUGUCGGUACCACCGGUUGUAAAGACGAGAGGCAACAUGUUCACGAAAGCAGCAGUCUCACUAGUACUUUUGAGCUGCGGCUUGGUAAUCGGAGAGAUACCAGUUAACUGGGUAUUUCUAGGUCUACCAUCUCACCUCCAGCGACCUAGAGGCGAAUGACAAGAAAAACAAAAAUUUUCAUGGUGCAAUUAUGUACCCACAAUAUCCAUUGUACAGAUCACUAAGGAGUCAAGCUACAUCUAGCAUGGCAUAGAGAUGAAGUCGGAAAUAUAUGUUUCGACUGGCUGUUUAGCUAUUUACGAGUUAGCAGAGCAUGUAGAGAGUGUAUAGGGAGGUGAAGUGUAACGAGAGUACUAAUAGGGGUAGAGUACUCGCUGUUAGUUCCAUACAAUCCGUAGGAACUAUGAAACAAGCCUUAACUGUGGCUUUGAUCAAUAUGCAGAUUCUUCAGUUUAUUUUAUCAUUGUGUGA